AUGAUAUAUAACCUGUAUUUCCACCCGCUCGCGCGAUUUCCCGGACCGUUCUGGGCGCGGACGACGCUGUUCUGGCGCUUCUGGCACGAUCUCACAGGCCUGUCACAUUGGACCAUCCAGGACUGUCACAGGAAGUAUGGCGAUGUGUUCCGCGUGGGCCCGAACGAACUGUCCUUUGCCUCCGUCCAGGCGUACAAGGACAUAUAUGCGGCCAAGGGGCCCAGGCCAUUGAAGAGUGAAUUCUACGACAUGCUGGGCACGGGCUUCUCCGAGUCGUGCGUCGUCACGGAGCGAGACCACAAGUGGGCGUUGCAGAAGAGAGCGCUCUUCACGUCCGCCAUGUCGAGCAAAGCGCUGAUGGAGCAGGAGGUGGUCAUCCAGCGGUGCAUUGACGGCUUCGUCGAGAAGCUUGGGAAGCUCGGCGGCGGGCCAGGCGGCCUGGAUUUGACAAAGUGGUACAUGAUGCUUUCGUUCGACAUCGGCGGCGAGAUGGCGUUUGGAGAGUCCUUUGGCUGCGUCGACGCGGAGACCUCGAACCACUGGCUUGACACCAUUUUCGCUCAUCUCCACGCCAUUUCCAUCAUGGAUAACAUCCGGCGCAUGCCCCUGGUGGAAAAGACGGCCAGGCUGAUCCCCACGAAAUGGACGACAGGGAUCCGAAACCGCAUCACUGGCUUUGCGAGAGAGAAGAGCAAGAGACGGAUCGAGAGGAGUGGCGAGACUGUGGACUUCCUCUCGAACGUGGUCGAGAAGGUCAGAAGUGGCAAGAUCUCGCACGAAGAAAUGGCAGCUCAUUGCUCCAUCAUCGCCAUAGCGAGCAGCGAGACGAGCGCCACAUCGCUGGCAACCAUCACGUAUUUCCUCCUCCGGUCGCCGGCGGUCCACAACCGGCUGAAGGCGGAAAUCCGAGACCACUUCAAGUCGCCGCAGGAAAUUGACAUUGCUUCGGCUACUAAGCUACCGUAUCUGUUUGCAGUCAUCGAAGAAGGUCUCCGCAUUGUCCCGACCACGACGGUAGGGUUCUUGCGUAGGGUGCCUUUCCCAGGAAUUGAGGUCGACGGACACUUCGUCCCCGGCGGAACCGAGGUCUCCGUAAGUGGCUGGACGACAGCAAGGGAUGAACGAUACUUUCAUGAUCCGUUGAGCUUUAAACCGGAAAGAUGGCUUGAUCCGGAAUGCAAAGAUGUGAAGGAGGCUAGCCAGCCGUUCUCGUUAGGCCCAAGAUCUUGUCCAGGGAAGACGUUCGCAUAUGCUCAAAUGUCAGUGGAGCUGGCGAAAAUGAUAUGGACAUAUGAUAUGGAAUUGGUCGAUCCUUCACUGGAUUGGGAAAAACAAGUUCGUCUCCAUUUCGUGCUGUGGAAACCAGAGCUGUAUGUCCGCUUCAUAGAGCGCAAGCUGUCGUAA